ACUUUUUGAAGAUGAGCAAUCAUCAUUCCACAUCUGACUAAGAUAACCAGGUGUAUGACAUUUUGUGUUCCUAUUCAGCCAUGUAAAUCCUCCAAAGUAACGUAAUGACACCAAUAACAAAGCAUGUAAUGAUUUGUGGACUACGAACACAGGGGUGGUUUAUGGCCCCCCUGGACCAUUUUUGUUUGACGGUUACCUUUUAUACACCCUUAGUGACCGUACUAUGCAUAAAUUUGGCGUGGUAGUUCAUGUUCAGUAUAGCACGAAGAGUUCAACUUCGACACGAGAUAGGAGCCUCAAAAUGAAUCGUUUGCUGUUCACUCUGACUGUCGUUGUUCUGAUGGCUGCACAUGGUUAUGCGUUGAAAUGCUACCAGUGCGUUGGCACUGAAGAUACUUGCAGCAAGAGCAGACUGGAAAGUAACAAGGCCAUCUAUUUGAAGGAAUGUCCUUCCAUCGCUGACAGGUGCGCUAGGAGUUGGUCUAGGAGAGGUGACGUGAACGCUGUGGGGAACGACUGCGCCAACGAAGCCGUCUGUGACGCAGCAAAAGAGCUUUGUGACAAGCUUAAAGAUUCUAUCAAGGACUACAAGUGCGGGGUUGGUUGCUGUACUGGCGAUGGCUGUAAUGCAGGCUCGCCCGUGACCUUCAGCUUCUUCCUGUUGAUCGUCUCCUCUGUGCUGGGCUUGGCACUAAUGAAGUAGACCGCAGACCAAAGAUGCUAACGUGUUCCUAGCACCCUUGAUUGUAGAAUUGUGAGCGUCGUAAGACAUGUCAUCCAAGAUGGACAGUCAAUAUUACUCGCAAAAAAAGUAGAUUUGUAGAUCUGAGUGAAUUUCCUCGUUUUGUAAGCUUAGCAGUUGGAUUAAACGUUUUGAAAUAAUCGUA